AACACACCGGGUGCGUUUUUGUAGAAUUUUUGUUUGAAUAGUAGUAAGAAGUGAUUGAGCUGAAACUCGCCCCCGAAGAGCGAAAAACAAGAGAGGAGAACAGAGCAGAGAGACUGUGCUUUUGCAUUUGCAGCUAGGGUUUCCGCCAAUCCCUGAGUUCCACGCCAAAGAAAUACGAUAUGGCGGAUGGGUACUGGAAUCGGCAACAACCACCUCUGCUCCCCUCAGCCGGGCUGGUUAAACGACCUCGUUCUGAUUAUGAUCUUGGGCCUUCUGGGAUGCCUUCAGGUUAUGAGGUACAUGCCUAUCUAGCACGAGAUGAUGAUCGAGGUGGACCUCGGGCAGUAAAGGAUACAAAAACAAUUGGGUCCGCUUAUGACCGCUAUCUCCAGAACGCGCAACUUUCUUCUUUUACUUCUGGAGAAGCCAGUACACUUCGUGGAGUUGGUUUGGGAAGGGCCUCUGCUAGUGGAAUGCCUGCUCUUCCAAUAGCUGAUCCUGCUGUAUUGGGUCGUCCUCGGGCUGUUGCUCCUGAUCUAGCUCCAAAUGGUAGAAAUGUUGGCCUUGGUGGUCAGCAUCCACUGGAUGCACCUAGGCCGGGACAUGAAACACAACCUCUACCUCCAGAUGCCUCCAACACUUUAUAUGUUGAAGGACUUCCUCCUGACAGCACGAAGAGGGAGGUAGCUCAUAUUUUCCGCCCUUUUGUGGGAUACAAAGAAGUGAGACUUGUGAGCAAAGAAUCCAAACACCGUGGUGGAGAUCCUCUUAUCCUUUGUUUUGUGGAUUUUGUAAACGCAGCCUGUGCAGCAACUGCUAUGAGUGCCUUACAAGGUUAUAAAAUGGAUGAAACAGACCCCGAUUCUAAUUACUUGCGGCUGCAGUUUUCACGAUUCCCAGGUCCAAGGGCUGGCCCUGGAUCUCGUGGUAAGAGGUGAACGGGCGUCAGUUAGGUAUACCUAGGUUAUGCAGAUGACAUUGCUAGUACAUCUCCUUUAGGAAGUGUGCUUGUCCAUGAUUAUAAUGUAACGAGCAAAUGGAAUUUAAAUUGCUCAAUCCUAACCACACUAAUUACAAGGACGUGAGGUGCUGAUAGUCUUGAGGUGAUGAGUUGAAGAGGAAAUCCGUAGUUUAUGCAAUUGAACAACAGAAUUUUGGAUGUUCACGUCCAUGGUUGUCUUCAGGAAAAAGUGCUAUAUGAUUGUUGUUGGCUUCUAAACUCAA